AUGUCCUCGAGCUACGCGCCGCCCUCCAAUGAUGGCGGUCUUGCGAAUUUGGUCAGUGGCGGCAGGAGUAGUGCCGAGGCCGACUCCUCUACGUCGCAGCCUCUGCAACAACGACCACAACAGCAAUUGCCCGGGCUUUCGCCUCUCCAUGCUAUUGCGACCAGUGCGACACAACAUCAGCAGCAAUACCAAAGCCACCAACGUCGAGCAUCACAAUCCGAUGUCCACUCCAACCCCCGCCAGCCUGCGCAUUCACAGGGUCUCCCCUCCCCAGUGACACCCAGAUAUGAGUCUUCCUCGGCGCAAUCGACUGUGGCCUCGGCGCAACAUACCCUUCAAAUCCUCCAAGCUGCCACAGCGACUUCAAACACCGCUGCCGGGCCCACUCAGUUGCCAGCUAUCCAGGACACCAGCAUUUCCCAACAGCCACGGGAGCAGCACCACUACCCGACUUUAGCCCCGAUACCGCAUGGAUAUGAGCAGCAGCAGCAGCAGCAGCAGCAGCAUCCCUCAUACCCCGCCACGAGCCCUGAUGGCCAGGCUGCACCAGGUUACGAUGGUUUGCCAUACUCGCCCACAGCGCCAUCGCCCGGUAGUGCUGCUGGCCCUUCGCCUCCGGCCGGGGCCGCAAUGCCUACAACAAAACAGACACGGUUGCGACGGGCGUGCGAUAUGUGUAGCGCGCGCAAGGUCAAGUGCGAUGAAGCCGGCCCCCCGUGUAAGCCAUGUAGCUCGUUGAAUGUGGAAUGUACAUACAGACGUGAGAUGAAGCGUCGCGGGCCGCCCAACAAACAUGCCGAAGCAGCCAGAGCGAAACGCGCCCGUCUUGAACCCAAUCCAGGCUGGAACAACUCGCCCGAGACGCCCUCUGUCGCUGCCCAGGCCAGCGCAAGUCCUGAGGUGUCGCAAAACUCCGCUCCUGGUAUAGUGGCCGAGCAGGCGAGUCAAGCACAAAUGCUCGAUGCUGAGUCCAUCGCUCCGUGGCCAAUGAUGGAAUUACUCAUUGACGACUACUACACCUAUAUUCAUCCAUUGAUACCUUUUCCUCACGAGCCUACCUUCCGUCGUGCGUUUGAGGAUAGAGAGGACAAAACAAAUCCAAGUUUCUUGGCCCUGCUCGCAAGCAUGAUAGGGUGCCUUGUCGCAUCGUUCCCACGGGCUGCACGACUGCAUCUCAAAUCCCAACGUGGUGCCGACCUUUUCCCUAGAGCAAUCGUGAUGAUAGAUCAUUGUCGCGACGUUGCACUAAGGGCGCGGGGGCAUAGAUUUGCAAUAAAGGAGACAUACACCAUUGAGGAUGCUAUCACAAGUUACUUGCUUGCCAUUGCCAGUGGUUACACUAUGCAGUGGAAAAGCUGUCGCCGUUUCAUGACCGAAACGAUGUCGAUAGUGCGCGAGUUAGGGUUCCAUCUUGCCAGGCGCAACCCUCCAGCUUUGGGCUCAUCUGCAGAUGAUUAUGAGAUGGCGCAAACGAGCCCAAUAAACCAUAUAGAAGAUCAGAUGGGCAAGCGACUAUUUUGGGUCGUUAUGGUGGGCGUCAUGUCCAUGAUUCAGUUGGGAGCUUCAACUAGAGAAAUACCGUUCCCUCCCCCAACGACCGGUGAACCAUCUCCAGGACUCCCCGCCGAGGUCGACGAUGAGUACAUCACAGAGACCGAGAUUCGGCCACAACCUCCUGGUACAGUCUCGCAAAUAGCCGGAUUCAACGCCGGUAUCAGGAUAUACUCGACAAUGAAUCCGCUUGUGGCUCUUGAGCUGUCUUAUGGGAUUGGUAGUAUUUCUUUGCGGGAACAGGAAGAUCUUCUCGCCGGCUGCAUUCAGGCGGCAAAGCACGCCAUCGACAAUUUGCCGCUAGAACUCAGACUGAAUAUUGAUCUUUCGCCUGCGUACGACAAACCGACAGGAUCCGACAACAAUACCUCGGCAGUCAACUUUGACUUUUCAAAGAUUCAAGGAACGCACCGCGAUCUAUUUGAAGACGCACCAGGGUACCAAUAUUUUCCACCCGCAUAUCCCAACCAGCAGCCGGCCAAUGACGUCAGGCAUGUCAUUGUCAAUCAGCCAGAACGUCGUCGACUUCUCCAAUGGGAGAUACAAAAGUCCAACAUAUAUGUUUCAUUACUGUCCACGCUGUCGUAUUAUGUGGAACGAGGCUUUACGCUUCGCGAUGCGCAUCACUCAAGAGGAAUAUAUGCAAAUGGAGGCUCUGGCGGCACCACCGAUCAACAUAUCGCAAACAGGCCAUCCGCUACGGUCGACGGGGUCGAAAAGCCUGAUGAGUUUGCCGUUGAACGCGAGCGCAUAGUGCAAAACCUACUGGUGGUCCUCGCGUCCAUCACGCAGCGUAACAUGGAACCGAACGGGCCCUCCAUAAUCAACAAAAUCCGCCAGGUUGCUUCUACGCUCCUCGCCGACGCGCCGGAACGCAAGGGUCCGGUGGCGGUCAAGUCAGAAGCGACGCUGAAGCACUUUGUCGACAUACUCAUCAGGUUGGAGAAAACAGGUGGGCCAGGAGCCAAUGGUAGACGGCCGCCCGCUUCGGCGGAAUCCUCGGAUCCCCAGUCCGGCGCCGGAGUCAUGACGCCGAUGGACGAGGAGGAAGAGUUGAGGACGUGGGCGGAUUUACGAGAGUUUCAAUUACGUUUUGCGCAAAAUGGGGGCUUCAUGGGAGGAAUGUAACGCGUGAGAGUAUUUUCUUCGUGACUGUGGUGCGGCUAGAGAUUCGUCCGAGAUUCGAAUUUGAACUGUCACGAAUAGUGAUUCAAGAUCUUGACAGACGCAUAUAAACUGUUGGAAGGUAUAAGCAUAGCAUUGGAGUUUCUUUUUGGAGUUGGGGUUAUGCUUGGAGCAUUUCAUGUGGAAGAAGAUUCAAAUCAGAUUCGAAGCAAAGAUGCCUUGCAAAGCAACACACAGCACAUCCCUUUUCACUUAGCAUAUGCAUUUAUAUAAAAUAAACAAAAAACUUGACGCA